GCACCACCUUGUGAAAAAGUGUUUUCUUUCGGAUGUGGAAACACAAGCUGACGAAUGGUUCUAUAUUUAUAAUUUUGUCGAAAAAACCAGUGCUUUGUGUGUAGGAAAAGCAUAACAGAUUUCAACCUGGUACAGAGCUCACCAGCCACGACGAAUCAUUUCCAGAGUCUCAUCCGUACUAUAUCAAGUAACAUGGCCGCCAGCGGGAAAGUAGCACAACCUAUGGUGGAGACUUCACCCAUGCGCAACCCGUGGAAGGUCGCUACUCAGACACCACCUGCCUGCUCUCUUGCCAGCGUGAUGGACGAAGAAUUUGCCAAAAAUUUACAGAGAGAAGAGGAAGUGGGAAAGCCAACAAAGACUGUCGCUGCUGGCGCAGAAAUGUCAUCAAGUGCCCUGACAGACCUUGAGUAUGCACUGACUCUGGAGGGAAAUGGAGACGACGCUGCGACAGAGAGUGAUCUUCUACUGGCUCAGAUGCUACAACUUCAGUUUGAUAAAGAACACGACGCCCUUCUAGAUGUUGAAGAGAGAAAACAGAACGCCAACAGUAAAGUUGGCAUUUCGUAUGCAAACUACCGCACAGUGCAUCCAGCUAUACGUAGGGAUGAGGUCGAUGAGUUUUCCUUUGAUGUUGAUAAUGACAGCGAUGAUGAUGAUUGGGAGUUGUAUGUAGAUAAAGACGUGUCCUCGCCUAAGAAAGUUCAAACCACCAGAGACAAGAAUGGAGUGUUGAUCACGAAGCAUGAUGCAGCCGUCUGCGGCAGAAAAAAUGCCUCAAAAGUUAUGGAGAAGUUCCCUCCUGGUUUCAAUAGUGGAGAUGAUGUUGGGAUGGACAUGAAGCUUCCAAACAGCGUCUUCAAUACCCUUAAACAACACAGUCAGACAGCAGAGCGUAAAACACACAGAGUCCAUGAGAAGAAGGAGCACUCCACUGCGGUCAUGGCCAUGGAUCCCAACACCAGACUUCUGCUGUUCAAGUUGGUAAAUAGUGGUCUCUUAGAAUCAGUGAAUGGUACAAUCAGCACUGGAAAAGAAGCUGUUGUGUUACAUGCCAAUGGAGGAAGCCAUCAGACAUUGCUAGUACCUCGAGAGUGCGCCCUCAAGGUCUUCAAGACGACGCUGAACGAGUUUCGAACUCGCAGGCGUUACCUCCCAGACGCCCUCAGCCGCAUGAACCCCAGGAAGAUUAUCAGUAUGUGGGCGGAUAAAGAACGCUUUAAUCUCCAUCAGAUGCGAAAGGCCGGUAUCCGCUGCCCGGAGGUCAUCCUUCUCAAGAAACACAUCCUGGUACUCUCCUUCAUUGGUGACCAUCAGAAGGCUGCUCCCAAGCUGAAGGAUGCUGAGCUGUCGAGCGACGAUCUGCUGCUUGCCUACGAACAGUGUACAGAGAUGAUGGAAAGAAUGUACAAACGGUGUCAACUGGUGCACGCUGAUCUCAGCGAGUACAACAUGCUGUGGUUUAAUCACGAAGUCUGGUUUAUCGACGUCAGCCAAUCGGUGAAGCCGUUUCAUCCAGAGGGGCUGAAGUUCUUGCUACGAGAUUGCACCAAUGUAUCAAACUUCUUCACUCAACGAGGCGUACCCAACGUUUCAACACCGAGGGAGCUCUUCAACAGAAUCACAGAUCUACAUCUCCAAGAUGGCAGCGAGCAGGAGUUCUUAGCUCAGAUUGAAGUCAUCACAGAAGCAGAGGAGUACAAAUCUCUCGUACCGAACGAGAAGAACUUUGCAUUUGAUUACUUCUUCGAGCGCUCAGUCGCGGAUAAUGCGGAACAAAAAGACAAAGAGCGACGGAAGAGUGAAGGAAACGAAGAGACAGACGAAGGGAAGGAGAAGGAGGAAACAUCGUCUUAGAAAUCAUCAAUUCUUAAAUAAUUAGAACUGAUAUUAUAACAUCAAUCCAUCAGUCAACCAGCAGGCAUUUUGCAGAGCGCCAUCAUAUUAGUUGUCUAUUCCGAGCUGCUUAGCAAAGUGAAGACAAAUUUAAGACAAGAGUUUGCAGAAUUUCAUAUGAAGAUGACUUGUGCAAUGGACUUGUAGGACUGAUAAGGGAGAUUAUUCCAUGGGCAUGUUGUCACUUCACCAGGAGACGCUGUGGUAUUGACCCAUUUCACCUGACGUCAUCAGCAGAAAAAUCUUGAAUGCGCCAUACUGGUGGGCAAUUUCACUGUGCGUUUUUAUAUAUAACUCUAUGCUGCGCGUUUUGCAGUAAAGUGUAAUUUUAGGCGACGCGGGGUCAAUACCGUUAAGUAUUGAAUUAUCGCUUGUCCAACCGGGAUGUGAUCAAGGCAAGCACAACUAAAGCAUGUUCCAUUAUCUUCAAUUAUACUGAACUGUCGUUACUCUAUUGUAAAACUGUAUCUGACAGCCUAAAGCCGGUUCUAAUUCCUGCGAAUGUUGACAUCACAGGGCUGUUUUGUUGAGACAAGUCAGCUGAUGCGAAUUAUUCAUUGCGAAUUUGUGAAGUC